CUUCUUUCUCACGCCCCACAGGUAUUCGUUACAGCACUGAUGUGAGUGUGGAUGAAGUGAAGGCUCUGGCUUCUUUGAUGACAUACAAGUGUGCAGUGGUUGAUGUGCCAUUUGGGGGUGCCAAGGCUGGUGUUAAGAUCAAUCCCAAGAACUAUACUGAUAAUGAAUUGGAAAAGAUCACAAGGAGGUUUACCAUGGAGCUGGCGAAGAAGGGCUUUAUUGGUCCUGGCAUUGAUGUGCCUGCCCCAGACAUGAGCACGGGUGAGCGGGAGAUGUCCUGGAUUGCUGACACCUACGCCAGCACCAUAGGGCACUAUGAUAUUAAUGCCCAUGCCUGUGUUACCGGUAAGCCCAUCAGUCAGGGCGGAAUCCACGGGCGGAUCUCUGCUACUGGCCGGGGAGUCUUCCAUGGGAUUGAAAAUUUCAUCAAUGAAGCUUCUUACAUGAGUAUUUUAGGAAUGACACCAGGGUUUGGAGAUAAAACAUUCGUUGUUCAGGGAUUUGGUAAUGUAGGCCUGCACUCUAUGAGAUAUUUACAUCGUUUUGGUGCUAAAUGUGUUGGUGUUGGUGAAUCUGAUGGGAGCAUAUGGAAUCCAGAUGGUAUUGACCCAAAGGAACUGGAAGACUUCAAAUUGCAACAUGGAUCAAUCCUGGGCUUCCCCAAGGCAAAGCCCUAUGAAGGGAGCAUCUUGGAAGCUGACUGUGACAUCCUGAUCCCUGCUGCUAGUGAAAAGCAGCUGACCAAGUCCAAUGCACCCAGAGUCAAAGCCAAGAUCAUUGCCGAGGGUGCCAAUGGGCCGACAACUCCAGAGGCUGAUAAGAUCUUCCUGGAGAGGAACAUUAUGGUGAUUCCUGAUCUCUACUUGAAUGCUGGAGGAGUGACAGUAUCUUACUUCGAGUGGCUGAAGAAUCUAAAUCAUGUCAGCUAUGGCCGUUUGACCUUCAAAUAUGAAAGGGAUUCUAACUACCACUUGCUCAUGUCUGUUCAAGAGAGCUUGGAAAGAAAAUUUGGGAAGCAUGGUGGCACUAUUCCCGUUGUACCCACAGCAGAGUUCCAAGACAGGAUAUCGGGUGCCUCCGAGAAAGACAUCGUACACUCUGGCUUAGCUUACACCAUGGAGCGCUCUGCCAGGCAAAUCAUGCGCACAGCCAUGAAGUACAACCUGGGUUUGGAUCUGAGAACGGCCGCCUAUGUCAACGCCAUUGAGAAAGUCUUCAAGGUGUACAAUGAAGCUGGUGUGACCUUCACAUAGACGGAGUGUGGCUGACCUCUUCACUGCCCUCUUCCCCUCUUCAUCUGCAGACUCUUCACAAGUUUACAUGUAACCACAGAAAUCUCUCUCUCUCUCAACUUACUAGAUAAUGGACAUCAUUGGCAACAAGUCAGUCCAAAUCAGCCCCUUUGAGAAAAAAGAAAUUAAGGUUAGGGGAUCAUGUACAAGCUGAUGAACAUGAAAGUAGAAAUUACCUAUGCCAGAGAGAGCCACUGGGGUAUUUUGCCGUUAAAUGAAAGGCUCUUCCGUCUGUCUGUGCUGCUUUGUUCCGUGGCCGCUUCGAGUGCGGUCAGAGCUGGGGCCAGGAACAUCCCUGUUGCCCAGGAGCAGCCAGCUGCUGACCGCUUCAGCUCUGGACGAGUCUGAGACACGCUCUAAGGCUGACACCUCUGAGCAGCAGGUGUGAGCAUUUUCAGAAGGUGGCAUGGUCCUCCAGUGAGUUACUGGUAUUUUACAUCAGCAAAAUAACUCAAUUUCACAGAUUGCAACAAAAAUAAAAGCUGUUUCUCUUUAUGCAUUUUAUUCUCUUAGAAUAAAAUAAGUACAUGCUGCUGUAAUAAAAUUGCCUUUAAUCAUUUACCAAGCCUAACCUUGACUCAAGCAGUGAAUGCCUAUAAACAUAAUAAAUGAAAGAAAGCUAGUAUUUUUAUAAUAUAAAACAGUAUCAUUUAUAGCUUAUCAAUCAUGUAUUGUUGUCCAGCAAAAAUAAAACGUCCGAUGGAGAAUUAAGUUAUCUUCAUACCUGCAAAUGGUGGAGGCUAUUUUUGUUAAGACUGUCAGAAUUUACUAACCACAAUUAUGACAUAUAGUCCAAAGAGUGCAGUGACCUCCUUAUCAUGUUAAUUAAUUGUUCUCCUUUGAAGAUCUACUGUGUUGUCUAAUUGAAGAAUAAUUCAAGUAGAGUGUCCCAGAAAAAAACCACUUGGGCUCCCACUUUGGAGUCUAGCUGGCGGCUCCGAGCCCUGCCAAUGGCCCCGACUCGGCCUGACUUGGUGUCCUCUUUGAGAGGCCUGAAUUCUGCACACAGAUUCAUUACCACUGGGCUGGAAACAAUCUUGGGUUGAGUGUUUUGUUUGGGAGUUAUUUCGCCAGGGCCUUUUGAACAGUAGUGUCCCAGUGAAGUACUAGAUAUUAUUUAUGUAAGAAUGAGCUUUUUUUUUUUUAAACAACAAUAUCCUUUCAGAAGUUUCUUACUACUUUGUAACUGCAUGACUUAACCUGGUGAUAAAAGCAGUUAUUAAAAGUCUACCUUUUCCAAA